AUGUGCGGCUGUUAUAGAAGCGAGGAACAGCACGCCACAACCUCUGCCCCGCAGCCUCUGCCCCGCAGCCUCUGCCCCGCAGCCUCUGCCCCGCAGCCUCUGCCCCGCAGCCUCUGCCCCGCAGCCUCUGCCCCGCAGCCUCUGCCCCGCAGCCUCUGCCCCGCAGACUCCCCUCUGCACCGCAGACUCCCCUCUGCACCGCAGCCUCUGCCCCGCAGCCUGCCUCUCUGCCCCGCAGCCUCUGCCCCGCAGCCUCUGCCCCCGCCUCUGCCCCGCAGCCUCUGCCCCGCAGCCUCUGCCCGCAGCCUCUGCCCGCAGCCUCUGCCCCGCAGCCUCUGCCCCGCAGCCUCUGCCCCGCAGCCUCUGCCCCGCAGCCUCUGCCCCGCAGCCUCCCCUCUGCACCGCAGACUCCCCUCUGCACCGCAGCCUAUGCCCCGCAGCCUCUGCCCCGCAGCCUCUGCCCCGCAGCCUCUGCCCCGCAGCCUCUGCCCCGCAGCCUCUGCCCCGCAGCCUCUGCCCCGCAGCCUCCGCCCCGCAGCCUCCGCCCCGCCCCGCCUCCGCCCCGCAGCCUCUGCCCCGCAGCCUCUGCCCCGCAGCCUCUGCCCCGCAGCCUCUGCCCCGCAGCCUCCCCUCUGCACCGCAGACUCCCCUCUGCACCGCAGCCUCUGCCCCGCAGCCUCUGCCCCGCAGCCUCUGCCCCGCAGCCUCUGCCCCGCGCAGCCUCCCCUCUGCACCGCAGACUCCCCUCUGCACCGCAGCCUCUGCCCCGCAGCCUCUGCCCCGCAGCCUCUGCCCCGCAGCCUCUGCCCCGCAGCCUCUGCCCCGCAGCCUCCCCUCUGCACCGCAGCCUCUGCCCCGCAGCCUCUGCCCCGCAGCCUCUGCCCCGCAGCCUCCCCUCUGCACCGCAGCCUCUGCGCCGCAGCCUCCCCUCUGCACCGCAGCCUCCCCUCUGCACCGCAGCCUCUGCCCCGCAGCCUCUGCCCCGCAGCCUCUGCCCCGCAGCCUCUGCCCCGCAGCCUCCCCUCUGCACCGCAGCCUCUGCCCCGCAGCCUCUGCCCCGCAGCCUCUGCCCCGCAGCCUCUGCCCCGCAGCCUCUGCCCCGCAGCCUCUGCCCCGCAGCCUCUGCCCCGCAGCCUCCCCUCUGCACCGCAGCCUCCCCUCUGCACCGCAGCCUCUGCACCGCAGCCUCUACACCGCAGCCGCGCCGCGCUAAUCGAGCCCAGAAUUGCACAGAGGGAGCAGCAACAGCCUCAGCGCGCUUUGCCGAGGAGCGGCGUGUACAGAGUCAGACUCACCCGGACACUAACAUGA